AGAGGUGGAGGCAAGUGGUUAGAGAGAGAGAGAGAGAGAGAGAGAGAUAGAGAAAGAGAGAUAUAAGCAAUAAGGAGGGUGUGGGAUGCUUUGGGCUAAGCUUUGCUGAAACUGGCCUCGUCUAUGCUGUAUUAGGCAGUUAGGGAUACAAGAUCUUGGAACAUCUCCACCUUCUUACUACCUUUUCGCAACACACCCACAUCAAAACUCCUAUCUCCUUUGUCCUAGGUUUUUCUUUCCUUCUUUUUAUUAAUUCUCUAUCUUUACCUUCUUCACUUCACUAUUGUCUUCCUUACGCAUCUUCUUCUCUCCCCCUCCUUAUUUAACCAGAAACAAAGCUACCUCUUUUAUCUUAUUUUAUUUUAACUUUUUGUACCAAAGACAAACAUAUAAUCAGGUGUUUAUAUGAGAGUGAGACUAAUGAUCAGAAUUUGUACCACAACAAAACACUAAAGGUCCCAUCUUCCCACCUCAAAAAAUCAAGCUUGUCUUUCACAGAGAUCACCAACCAAAAAAAGUAAAAAAAAAAAAUGUGGGAUCUAAAUGACUCACCUGAUCAACGAAGAGACGAUGAAUCCGAAGGCUGCUCUUCUCAGAAGACUUCUUUUGAUGGGGACGAUGACAAGGGCAAAAGGGUCGGAUCCAUGUCGAAUUCAAGCUCCUCCGCCUUGGUCAUCGAGGACGGAUCCGACGACGAUCAAGACUGUGACCCAAAAAAAUUCAAGCGGCGUAGUAGCCCCAACAAGCUAUUCGGGUUCUCUUUCAACGAGCCACAACCCGUGACCCACCAGUUUUUUCCGGUGGAUGAGUCAGAAAUGGGAGCUACAUCUGGUGGUGCACUAGUAGGAGCUGUGGAAAGUACUGGUGGUGCCUCUGCUGCUACGUUUCCUCGGGCUCACUGGGUUGGGGUUAAGUUUUGCCAAUCGGAUUCGAUUAGCCCUGGAAAGUGUGUGGAGGUCUCACAGCCCAUGAAGAAGAGCCGCCGAGGACCAAGGUCUAGGAGCUCACAGUAUCGAGGUGUCACGUUUUACCGGAGAACUGGCCGCUGGGAGUCUCACAUAUGGGAUUGUGGAAAGCAAGUUUAUUUGGGUGGAUUUGACACUGCACAUGCAGCUGCUCGUGCGUAUGAUAGGGCGGCCAUCAAGUUCCGAGGAGUGGAGGCAGACAUCAAUUUUCGUAUUGAGGACUAUGAGGAAGACUUGAAGCAGAUGAACAAUCUGACUAAGGAAGAAUUUGUUCACGUACUUCGCCGACAAAGCACCGGCUUUCCUAGAGGAAGCUCUAAGUACAGAGGUGUAACCUUGCACAAGUGUGGAAGAUGGGAGGCUCGGAUGGGCCAAUUUUUAGGCAAAAAGUACGUUUAUUUGGGUUUGUUUGAUACUGAGAUUGAAGCCGCAAGGGCAUAUGAUAAAGCUGCAAUUAAGUGCAACGGCAAAGAAGCUGUCACCAACUUUGAUCCAAGCAUCUACGAGAAUGAGCUAAAUAAUUCCACUGAAUCUUCAGGCAGUGCAGCAGAACACAAUCUUGAUUUGAGUUUGGGCAAUUCGAACUCAAAACAAAACGAUUUAGCAUUGGGGAAUGAUGGUUAUAAUGCUGCAAUGGGACAGAAUUUGAUGUUAAUGCCACUUGAAGCUGAUUGGCGGAAUCAGGGAUUUAGGCCUAAUAAGGAAGCAUCAAGAGGUGAGAGUGAUGGUCAAGGUCACAGUCACAGUAGAGAUGGGUACAGCGAGACUGAAACCAUGCAGAUUCUGAGCCGAACCCAUCUUCAAUCUGCAUCCUCCAACUCCAAUGAAAUGCAAAGACAUGUGUAUUUCACGAGAGCUGGAGAGACCCAGAUGCAACAUAACUUUACCCCACACAUUAGUCCGCCAAAUUAUCAAGUUCAGUACCCAAGCAGCAGCAGCAACGGAGGCCGAAUUGGAGGCGAUCUUUCACUAACUAUAAAUGAUCAACAAUGGCAAUCCGCUCCUCCCCAAUUGUUUGCAGCUACUGCAGCAUCAUCAGGAUUCUCACCGCAGAUCAAAUCCUCCCAACAUUGGCUGCAGAAAAAUGGAUUCCACACUCUCAUGAGACCCUCCUGAGUGUCCUAAGCCCACUUUGGUCUUUCUGCCUUGCCAUAAUCUCCAAAUUUCCCUUAUUUCCGCCAACCUUAUUUAUAAGCAUGUAAAGAAUGAAGUACUUCUGAGACUUAUUUUCAUAUUCGAAUUUUCAACCCGCUUUAUUAGAGAGGCAAAUGAAAGCCCAAAAUUAUUGUCAAGAGAGAGAAAAAAAAAAGAAAAAGAAAAAAAAAAAGUAACGGAAUGCUCACUCUCGGGGAAUGUUGGUCGUUGGUCAAACUAACAAAACAACGAAAUUUUCAAAUGAAUUUUCUGUGUUCUGACUGAUAUUCGCUGAUAUUUUAGUAACUCUUGGAUGGGUGUGUAUGUAUAUAUUGUUUUGCCAGACUAUGGUACUUUUUAUCCUUCACCUAUUGUAAUUUUUAGUCCUCAAUCAUUGUACUUAGCCAGCUAUUUUUUUAGCUCAAGUAGAAUGGGAUGAACUAUUUUAUUUAUUUAUUUAUUUA